CCAAGCAGGUCCUGCCGCCGACUUGUGACUCCGCAGUGACAGUCGGGUGGCGCGGGUGGAGCAGGCAGCACCCACGGGACCCACAGCACCCACAGGACCCCGCAGCACCCACGGGAACCCGCAGCGCUCACAGGAACCCGCAGGAACCCGCAACACCCACAGGAACCCGCAGCGCGCUCCGGCCGCACCAUGACGGCCACCACCACGGUCAGCGCGUCCGGGAAGGAGGCAGCCUUAAAAGAAGCGGGCGGCCGCGGCUUCGGCCGGCGGCACCUGCAGCUCAUGCUGCUGUCCAUGGGGUUGGCGCUGGGGUACUGCUGCCGCAUCAACCUGUCCAUCUGCAUCGUGGCCAUGACGUCCGCGGAGUCCGCCAACGGCUACCCGGUGUACGACUGGGAGCCCAAGUACCGCGGGCUGGUGCUGUCGUCCUUCUUCUGGGGCUACGUGCUAAUGCAGGUGCCCGGCGCCACGCUGGCCAACCGCUACGGCCCCGCGCGCUUCGUGUUCCUGGGCGUCACGGGCUGCGCCGUGCUCACCUGCCUCACGCCCUUGGCGGCGGCCUGGGGCGGCUGGAUGGCAGUGUGCGCGCUGCGCAUGCUGGAGGGCCUCUGCCAGGGCGUCAUCUUCCCCUCCGUGCACUUCAUGCUGGGCCGGUGGUCGCCGCCCGUGGAGCGCGGCCGCGCCGCCGCCAUAGUGUUCACGGGCCCGUCCAUCGGCACGCUGCUGGCCAUGGCCGGCGUGGGGCUGCUGUGCGGCUCGCCCUUGGGGUGGCCGUCGGGCUUCUACGUGCCCGGCCUGCUGGCCCUCGUCUGGGGCGUCUUCUGGUGGAAGAUGUCCGCCGACUCGCCCGCCAAGUGCAAGCACAUCGCGCCCGAGGAGCGCGAGUACAUCCAGAUGUCGCUGGGAGACUCUUCCAGCAACGACAAGCGCCUCAGCGUGCCCUGGCUCGCCAUCAUGAGCACGCCGGCCAUGUGGUCGCUCAUCGCCGUGCACAUGUGCAGCAACUUCGGCCACUGGCUCAUGCUCACGCAGAUGCCCACCUACAUGCAGACCAUGCUGCACUUCAACAUCGAGGACAACGGCAUCAUGUCCAGCAUGCCGUACCUGUGCCUCGUCCUGACGUCCACCCUGGUGGGCUGGGGGGCACAGCGCGUCAACGAGAGCGGCUGCAUCAGCAUCGUCAUGUCGAGGAAGAUCUUCAACUCGGUCGGGCACUACGGCAUGGGCAUCACGUUCCUGGUGCUGUCCUUUCUUACGCCGAUCGGGAUUCCCGUGGGGGUGGCCGUCGGCCUGCUGACCGCCGCCGUGUCCCUGGAGGCCGCGCUGCUGGCCGGCUUCCUCGUGAACCACGUCGACCUGUCGCCCAACUUCGGCGGCGCCAUGCUGGGCGUGUCCAACGGCCUGGGCAACAUCAUGGGCAUCGUGGCGCCCAUCCUAGUCAGUCUGGUGGUCAACCAGACCCCUGAGUCCACCCCGGAGGAUCUGGCGACGGGCUGGAGCCGCGUGUUCCUCAUCGGCGCCUGCGUCUACUUCUCCGGCAACACCGUGUUCGUCUUGCUGGGCCGCGCCGACGUGCAGCCGUGGAACAACCCGGAGAAGGCCGACAAGGCCGAGAAGCUGGAGAAAGGCGAGCCGACCGAGGCGCUCGAGCUGCUUCCUCCAGACCGCAAUGUUGCGUAGAAGGUUUGGUACUUGUUGUUUUCCAGAUUGCGUGUCCGUCCGUCCGUCCUGCCUGCCGAGCCAUUUUGAAGAGUUUUCUCGUCGCUCUGUCUCUCUCGCACCCCUCGGGACGCGCACCGAGACAGAGCGACGAGACGACCCUUUGGAAUCAGACUGCCGCCGCCCAGCUGCCAACAACGCCUUUGUGUCCGUCCGGCUGAUGUGAUGUUUGUCUGUCGCGUUGCCUGUCAGUGUGUUUUAUGUUUGCCUACCGUAUCGUCCGCAAUUCUAACGCAACUUCCAGUGCCUUGUCGCGACGCCGCUGCGUGCGUUUCGCCGCAGAAGCUAAUGUGCUGCCCAUUUCGUUGCUUGCCCCACUCUGAAUAUUGCACAUGAAUCAACGACUUCCUACU